AUGAGAGAAUAAUAGUAUCAGUAAAAUUAGUUAUUAAUCCCAGAGACAUUUUAGUACAACAUAGAUGAUAAUGUAUCACACUAUGGUCCAGUCUAAACUCUGCACACCAUAUCAGAAAAUACUCUUGAGCACUCUUAAACAGUCUCAAUUUAUGGUUAGAAUUAGCUAAGUUCUAGGUUAUCAUAAUUAUAAAAAUCUCCAGGUGUUUCUUCUAACCAACUUCAAACAGGAAAAAACUCUAAACGAAAAAGCGGUAAGAAAUCCAGCAGUUCUCUAAGAAAGAGAAUUUCAUCAAGAAAUAAGCAAGACGAAUCAAGAGAAGAAACUCUUAGUCUCAUCACAAGUGCUGAUGAGGAAGAUGAAGAGAUUGAAUUGAGAGUGCAGAGGAAGGAACUUAGAGAAUAGGAUUUCAGGGACUACUUGGAACUAUACAAACCACCUACAACUAGGAAGCAUAAUCCCUACUUCAAGACAUUUUGUGUCAUUCAACCAAGAUAACCCUCACAGAACUUCGAUUUAGAUCAAAGUGAUUGUAUCAGAGUAAGCAGACAUGAUAAAACAGUAUAUUUCUCAGGGUAGCAAAGAAAUGGUGCUCCAGGGGAAAAUUAUCAGUUUUAGUUUGACUAAAUUCUUGAUCACUAAAUUACCAAUGAGAGUGAGUAUCAUCACUCGGUUAAGAAUCUUAUUAGACCUGCAAUUUCAAGUAUGUAAGCAUUUGAAUAAAUCUAAUUAUACAAAGAAUUUGUCAGUGGAGUCAGCUAGACAGUUUGUGUCUGUGGACCUCAAUUUGGAGGAAAAACUACGUUUCUAUUUGGACAUCCAGAGCCAAACUAGAUACAGCAAAAUACAUUCAACUACAUAUUGAUUGAGUACUUGUUUGCAGAGCUUAAAUAAUAAUCAGAAAGUUACGACUAUGCAGUAAAAUUAGGAAUAGUUGAAGUUGACUAGAAAAUCUAGGAACUUAAUGAUCUCAUUGAGUUUCCUAAUUCACCCAAUCUUGAAGUAAUUCUGAAAACUGGAAUAAUUCAAAAUAUCACUGAAUAGUAUGUGUCCACAAUGGAGGAUAUCGAAUAAGUGUAUGCUAAAGCGUUUUAAAACCGAAAGAGUAAAGACUAGUAGACUGUAAUGAUUGCUUAGUUUACUUUGGUUCAAAUGAUCAAUCACUAAGAGAAAGAAGGCUUUCACACUUAAAGAAAAUCUUAUCUUAGAAUAUUUGAAGGUACUUAGCUAAACAAUACAAUUUAUGAUUAAUUUGCUUAUCAUAUUCUCUCUAAGCCAUUGAAUGGGUACUACGUAUCUUUAAGAGACUCUAUAUUAACUAGGACCUUAAUGGAUGCAUUUGGUGGUAAUUAGCAAAUGAGUAUGAUUCUUUGUCUGAAUCCCUCGGUCAAAUAUUAACAUGAUACACUGCAGAGUUUAAAGCUAACUAUAAUUGCCUAGGAUGAGUACUUUAAUAAGGUUAGAAUUGUCAAACAAGUGAAUUACUAAGAUCACAUUAAUAUUGAUUUCUAAGAUUCGAGUCAUACCAAAGAAAUCAAUUACAAUAGCGAGCUUGAGGAGCAGCUUGAAAUGGAACGAAAAGAUAGAAAGCGGAAUGAGCUUAGAUUUAAAAAGCUUAUGGAAAAAUAUUAAGAGUAGGCUUCGGAGCUAAAAGAUCUUAAAAAGCAGAUUUUAGAUUUGAAUGGCAAAAACGAAGAGCUCACCUUCGCUAAUUUUAGGUUUAAUGAAAAGAUUCUGGAUACAAUGGACAAACUUCACAUGGCGGAGGAAGAAGUCAAGUAAAUGAAUAUUUAGAUGGCUAGCUAAGACAUGAAACUAACAGAGGUAUUCCAAAUACUCUACGGACCAUAAGAUCAACAAUAAACAGACUAUAUAACUUAAACUACAGUCAAGGAGGAGUAGAGUUUGUCAAUCUAGCUAGCAAAGACUUCGAUAGCAGAAGAUAACUUGAUUAACCGUGUUGCAGCUAAUCCUUAUGUAAAAGAGGAUAUACUUGAGAUGAUCAGAGACAUGGAUAAGUAGGACUAAGUUGACUCGCUCAAAUUAACAGUUGCACUCACCGAUAAAAAUAUAGGUUGGGAACAGCAGUUUGUUUAGGAUAAGACAAAAUAAAAAUAGGGAAUUUAAUAUGGGUAGGUGAGGUAUGAUUCUAUGAAGCCAGAGGAUUUGGAUCUAUCUAGCUCAAUACUCUCUGUUGAAGAAAGAUUAGAGGAAUAGGUAAAAGAGUUGCAGCAAUUAGUAGGAAGCUAAGAAAUCUAAAUUAAACAUCUGAAAAACUAAUUGGAAGCAUAUAGAAUAGACGAAAACAACAGCACUAGGUCGAAUCAAAGUAUAAAUGACAGAGAAUAAAAUGGCGUUAAUAAAUAUUCAGCAGGAGGUUCAUUCAAGGAUCAGAAGCUCAUUCACAAUCUAGAAAACAGACUAGUCAUGCUUGAGCAACGAAUACUACAGAUUCAAUCUUAAAAAGAGAUGGUUGAGGCAGAGCUUAGACUGAUGACAGUCAAGCAGCAAAAGUAGUAGUAAGAAUGGCAAAGAAAGUAUCAGGACUAAGAUGGAUAAAUUAGAUCUUUAACUCUUAGUCUGCAGAAGUAUAUAAGUGACAGUAACUUAAUGAAGGUAGACUUUUCAACUUUACAGCUAGCUCAUAGAGCUUAAGAUAAGAAGAAUCAAGAACUCAUUGAAGCUUUUAAUAAGGAGAGAGAAGAAUUGGAAAGGCUUAAAAGAGUAUUGAGGAAAACUAAUGAGAAUUUGGCUGAAUUGGAGUAUAUGAACGACUCAACUAAGAACUAGUAUAGAGAAGAAUCAGUUAGUGGAUUUAGGGGCUCCAGUUCAAAUUUAUUGACUCGCAAAAAUUCUAUAGCUCUAAGGUUAAGUUAAAGCAUAAGAGACGCUGAGAGUUAUCAAACUAUGGAGCUAGAUAAAACAAAAAACUAUAGAAGAAUUAUAAAAUUAGCCAAUAAGUAGCCUCACUAAUAUCAUAGUGUCGAACAACUUUGA